AGGUCGUGGGCUUCCACCCUCACGCAAUGCGCCACCGGGAGGAAACCUUUUCGAUACUGUCCGCUAAGUUGUCUUCAUGUCCAUUGGGAACUAUGCUGGCUUCGUAAGGUAGAAACUUCGACGUUGAUACGGCGGGGUAUGGACGAGGAGGCGCCUUUGCGCUUUUACGGCUGUGGCAUCAACUCAUUUUUCCAGUUGGGGCCGCUGGUGAGUGAGUGCCCAUCCCAGAGCGCUGGCGCGGCCGCACAAGCAAGCGAUGACGGUAGUGGCGCAAUCAUACAAGGGCAAAACAUCCACUUCUCGUCUCAAGAGAAAAAAAGCGUCCUGCACCUGCCUCAGCCCCUAGCCCUGGAGCGUUACGUGGCCGAGGAGGACGGGCUCGUGCAAGACAUCGCAUGCGGGGCAACAUUUACAAUUGCCUUAACGUCGAGAGGAGUGCCUUACCAGUGGGGAACAGUAAAUGGACGGGCCUAUCCCGAGCCCUCGCGGGUCUCAUUAGGCGUGCCGCUGAGAUGUCUGCAAGUGAGCUGCGGGCGGAAGCAUGCGCUGGCGCUGAUGGAGGGGGGAUUCGUGACGAGUUGGGGCGUGGGGUACUUUGGGCAGCUCGGGCAAGGGGACAAUCUGUCCAGCGACAGGCCUCGGCUCAUCCACCAUCUGGACCCCCCCCGACUGGGAGGAGACCGCGUGGUGGCGGUGGCCUGCGGGGGCCAGCACUCGGCAGUGCACACGGCCGGGCAGUCCGUCUUCUGCUUCGGCUUCAAUCGCUACGGCCAGGUGGGACAAGGCCAGGCGUGCAACAAGAUCUCCACCCCGCGGCCCGUAAAUAUGAGUGGGAUAGGCUCCUCCCAGAUCCGUCAACUCGUGUGCGGGCGCCAUCACACCUCGGUCCUGACGGAUAAGGGCCAGGUCUUCAGCUGGGGCGCGUCCUCUUUUGGCCGUUUGGGUCUGCCCGACCCCAAGAAAAUCGUGGGCCUACCCACGGAGGUCCCCGCCUUCCGGUGCUGCCCGCUGGCGGCCCUGGCCUGCGGGGAUUUCCACGUGCUCGGCUUGGGCGUGGACGGGCGGGCCUACGCCUGGGGGUACGGCUCGGAGGGACAAGGGGGCCUAGGGGCGACCUUGCAUUUGCGGACCCCGCGUCCCGUGGAAGGCUUGGAGGGGAGCCGGAUCGCUCAGAUUGCCUGUGGCGCCUGGUGGUCGAUGGUGGUCACGGAAGCAGGUCGCCUUUACACGUGGGGCUAUGGCGACGGCGGCUGGCUCGGGCUCGAGCGUGCUUCCAAGCUCCCAUACGUGGAGCCGUGUCCCCCAGUCACCAAGUAUGGGGCCACCUGCUCCUUUGACAGCGAUUUCAACGCCUGUCUGCCGGCCGUGGUUUCAACGUUGUCGCACCUUCGCGUCGAAAAAGUGGUGGCGGGGGGGGGGCACACCAUCAUCAUGGCCAGGAGAAUCCAGAGAAGGUUGUGCAAGGAUUUGAUGGACAUGAAGUCGGGGAAGGGAGGGCGGGGGAGCAGGACCGCAGGGCAAGGGGAGGGGAAGACGUGCCGUACGCCCUGA